CUGCCCAGAGCUGCCAAGAAGACGGUGAGGCAGAACAGUCCUUUCUCCUUCCCUCUCCGGAGGCUGGGAUGGAAAGCCUCAGCAUCGCCCAGAAGCAAAAAGCCAACGAGAGGCAUCACAGAGCCGAAGUCAUGAUUGCGGGAGAGCAACUGAGGCUUCGACUCCAUGACGGCAAACUGAUUAAGGACAGGCGUUACCACCUACGCACCUAUCCCAACUGCUUUGUGGCCAAGGAGCUCACCGAUUGGUUGAUUGACCACAAAGAAGCCCCGGAUCGAGAAACGGGCAUCCGUCUGAUGCAGAAGCUGAUGGAUCAUUAUAUUAUCCAUCAUGUCUGCGAUGAACAUUUCGACUACAAGGAUGCCAAACUGCUCUAUCGCUUCCGCAAGGACGAUGGGACCUUCCCCCUCAACAAGGACGUGAAGGUGUUCCUGCGCGGACAGAGCCUCUAUGAGAAGCUGAUCAGCGUGGAGGAUUCAAUCCUGCAAGUAAGAGAGGAGAACUCAGUGAAGUAUCAAAGAACCUUCCUCGGCUGUGAAAUGAUUGACUGGCUGAUCCAGGAAGGAGAGACAGCGAGCCGCAAAGAGGCAGUCGAGCUCUGCCAGACUUUGCUUGAAGACGGGAUUAUCCAGCAUGUCUCCAACCGGCAUCACUUCUACGAUGGAAACCUCCUUUAUCAGUUCCGCAUCAACUUCCGCCGGAGAAGGCGUCUUACGGAGCUCUUGAACGAGAACUCGCCCCGCACUCUUUCAGACAGUCCCGACAGCCCCUUCUGCCUCCGCAAGCUGAACCCAGAGCAGAAUAGUUCGAGCUUCCUGUCAGUCCAACCCAAUAAAGAAAUCAAGACAGUCUCAGCCGUUCGAAGGAGUAGCGUUAGCUCGCUCGCCGGAGGAUCCAGUUCAUAUUUCAGUCUCUCCCCUAGUUUGGGGCUUUCUCCCACUGUUGAAUGCAACCCCAAAUCUGUGUUAAAGAGGCCUGUCACAAAUGAGGAGCUCCUGAGCCCUGGGGCACCAUAUAUCAAGAAAACACUCACGAUCGUGGGAGAUGCGGUCGGUUGGGGAUUUGUGGUCCGUGGAGGUCAGCCGUGCCACAUCCAGGCUGUGGAUCCAGGUGGGCCAGCUGCUGCGGCUGGCAUGAAGGUAUGCCAGUUUGUGUACUCUGUGAAUGGGAUCUAUGUUUUACAUUUGGACUACCAGACCAUCAGCAGCCUCAUCAUGACUGGACCACGGACUCUUGUGAUGGAAAUAAUGGAACCCGUUGAAUGAACAGGGGGAAACCGCACAUGCAUAUUUCCCCGCUUCCCUGAACUCGCCUUUAUUUUUCUUAGAUUAGACAACUGUUUCAUUAACUGUGGAGGAUCCGCUUUGAAAACUACUUCUUCUGAAGACAGAAAGAAGCAAGGGGUUUUGUUUUCCCUUGGGAGCUUUUUGAUUAAUUAGGAGUCAAUUCCACUGAUUUUAGAGAUGGAUUUUUUCUGAAGAUGGAAACACCAGGAGUAUGUUUCCCUAUGGAGAUGUGGAGUUAAAAGAGGAACACAGAUUCCUUUUUUUUUUUUUUAAGAGUACUUAUCAAGAAUAAAUCUUAAGGGCAUGUUCAUGA